CUCUCGAAAAAAUGCUCCAAGUGUAAUAACAACUCUCCACACGCUCUUCUCUGUUGUUUUUGACGCGCAUCUGUGGUCUGCUGUCUGCAGAUUACAAUCGGCUGGCCCAUGGUGUUGAGCAGGAGAAAACUGUGAGAAGGAGGAGAAAAGACAGGCAAGAGGAAAAACUCUGGCUGCGCCGCUUUGGAGUUGGACUUCCAGCGUUUGAAAAAAAAAAAAAGAGAGAAAGUCCAAGGCAACUCCAGAGGAACCUCUGCAAACUUAAGAAGAAAGAAGAAAAGCGAACGCAAAACCUUUUUUCCCCCCCUCAAAGAGAAGUCGAGAAAAAGUAGAGAAACCAUCCAGAAACAAAUUCCACCGUCUCCAUGAGGUCCUGAGGAAUGAGCAAUUGCCAUGGAAACCCAGUCACAGGCCAGUUCAGCAGCUGAGAAGAAGAAGAGGGUGGAGACCAUUGUGGCUACGAAGGGCUCAUCGGCACGCACUGACAUCAGCGAGAAGGCGGUGGCCUCCAGUACCACGUCAAAUGAAGAUGAGAGUUCGGGGACGCCGUAUCACCGUGAGAGACGCAAUGCCAUUAGCUCCCAGGCCCAGGCGCCCGGCACCCUCGACAGAACCGUGAAUGAGGAACCCUCCACCUCCACAGAGGAACGCCCGUCCCUGCUCAAGAAGGAGCUUCACGGCUCCCUGCCCCAUCUGUCUGACCAUGCUCUGCCAUACAGGGGCACGCUGUUUGCCAUGGACCCCCGCAACGGCUACCUAGACUCACACUACCCCGCUCCACCGUUUUUCCCCACCUUCCAUCCUCCUGUGCCAAUUGACGACAGACACACCCAGGGACGUUACAUCUACGAGCCAUCGCCUGUAAACCCUCUUCAUGUGACUCCAUCGAUCGCGAGCACGCCGUCUUUCUCCGACAUCUCCCUCAUUCGGAUCUCCCCCCAGCGGAACCCGUCCUUGGGGGCGGAGUCGCCCUUCCACCCUCCUCACCCCUACAUCAGCCCGUACGUGGACUACAUCCGCUCCCUCCAUAGCAGCCCCUCCAUCUCCGUCGUACCAGCCGCGCGGGGCCUCAGCCCAGCAGAUGCGCCUCACGCCGGUCUGACCACAGCUGAUUACUACCACCAGAUGGCUCUGCUGGCGGGCCACCGCAGCCCGUACGCCACAGACCUUCUCCCGUCUGUGGCGUCCACCGGCAGCGCGAGCAGCGCCACCGCCCUGCACAUGGAGUACCUGCAGGCGAUGGAGAAUUCGCGCUUCUCAAGCCCAAGGCUUCCGGCACGGCCCAACAGGAAGCGCCCCUUGACCAUCUCUCCGCUCUCUGAGCACAGCCUCGAUUUGCAGACCAUGAUUCGUAACUCCCCGAACGCCAUAGUUACCACACUGAUGAACAGCUCACGCUCCAGCUCCUCCACCAGCGGCUCCUACGGACAUCUCUCCGCCAGAGCAAUCAGCCCAGCUUUGAGCUUCCCCUACCCUCCAACUCCCGUGGCGUUACACGUCCACCAUCAGCUGAUGGGCCGCCAGCCUGGGAUCGUGGGCUCAGCCUUCGGCCACAGCCCGCCGUUAGUCCACCCUACGCCGGCCUUUGCCAGCCAGCGUCCCGUGCCUGGCAUCCCCCCAACUGGUCUUGGCGCCGGCGAUCGCUCAGCCAUCUCCAACGACUCGUCACAGGCCAAACCGACUAGCGAAUCAGCUGUGAGCAGCACCGGCGACCCCAUGCAUCACAAGCGGUCCAAAAUGAAACCGGAGGAUGAGUUGCCGAGUCCCGGAGCGGUGAGUGUGCAGGACCAUCCUGAUGGGAUGACUCUGGUGAAGGAGGAAGGCAACAAAGACGAGAGCAAACAGGAACCGGAGGUGGUUUACGAGACAAACUGCCACUGGGAGAACUGCUGCCGUGAGUUUGACACCCAGGAACAGCUGGUACAACACAUCAACAAUGACCACAUCCAUGGAGAAAAGAAGGAAUUUGUGUGCCGAUGGGAGGAAUGCUCUCGAGAGCAGAAGCCCUUCAAGGCACAGUACAUGCUGGUGGUCCACAUGCGCAGACAUACUGGGGAAAAACCGCACAAGUGCACAUUUGAAGGCUGCACUAAGGCCUACUCUCGCCUGGAAAACCUGAAAACUCACUUACGUUCCCAUACUGGUGAGAAACCUUAUGUGUGCGAACAUGAAGGCUGUAACAAGGCUUUUUCCAAUGCGUCGGAUCGGGCCAAGCAUCAGAACCGAACACACUCAAAUGAGAAACCGUACGUGUGCAAAAUCCCAGGCUGCACUAAGCGCUACACAGACCCCAGCUCCUUACGGAAGCACGUAAAGACGGUACACGGGCCAGAGGCGCAUGUCACCAAGAAACAGCGCGGCGAUUAUCCACGCCCUCCACCUCAGCCCCGGGAACCUGGAGGCAACAGCCAGGGCAGGUCGCCCGGACAGCUGCCCCUGGGUGGAUACACGGACCAAAGGGAGUACAACCACGCUACCUCAAAACAAGAUGAAUGUCUGCAGGUGAAAUCUAUCAAGACAGAGAAGCCAAUGACGUCUCAGCCAAGCCCUGGCGGUCAGUCUACAUGCAGCAGUGACCAGUCCCCCAUCAGCGCCUAUCCCAGCAGUGGAGUCCAGCUUGCUGUGAGCGCUGGACGCUCGCCAGGGGAGGGGCUGGAGGAAGACGAGGAGGAAGAGGAAAACGAAGAGGAGGUGGAGGAGGAGUGUGAGGGCGAGCCAGCCCCCAUUAUGGACUCCACGGUGUCCACGGCCACCGCGGCCAUGCUGACCCUGCAGGCGAGGCGAAGCAUCGGCCGGCCCCUGCGCUGGAUGGAGCACAUGAAGAUGGAGAGGCUAAAGCAGGUGAACGGAGCGCUGCCCAGGCUUGGGUCCCUGUCUCCCACACCACCCCCUAAAAGUUCAGCAAUGCCCAAUAUCCUGGGGAAGGGAUCAUGCUUGGGCAGGCAGUGGGGGUUGCCUGCUCCUCAGCCACCUGCUCACACUGAGUUGGCCAGCACGGAGCUAACAGUGCUCAAUUUGCUCCAAGACCGGCGCGAUAGCAGCGGGAGCGCCGCCAGUUCAGCCUACCUGAGCAGCAGCCGACGCUCUUCGGGAAUCUCUCCCUGCUUCUCCAGCCGGCGCUCCAGCCAGGCUUCCCAGGGUGAUGGCAUGAUGCCGUCCCAGCGCCACCGCCGCCUCCACAAUCUCAGUUCCAGUGACUCUUAUGACCCCAUCUCCACAGAUGCCUCCCGCCGAUCCAGUGAGGCUAGCCAGUACGGCGGUGGAGUAGUAGGAGGAGGCGUUGGAGCACUCUCAGGUGGGAGUUGUGGAGGCGGAGGAGGAGUUGGCUUUGGAGGAGGAGGUGGGUCACGAGGAAUGCUCAAUUUAACCCCUGCGCAGCAUUACCGCCUUAAGGCAAAGUAUGCAGCAGCUACUGGCGGCCCACCCCCAACACCUCUACCCAACAUGGAACGCAUGAGUCUGAAGACCCGCAUGGCCAUGAUGGAGGAGGGUAGCAGCAAUCAUAGUCUACCGCCUUUAGUCCGACCACCCCGUUGUGGUGAAGACCCUGGAAGGUACAACAAUGGGUUUAUGGGGCAUGGAGGUUAUAGAAGGAGGGUUCUUUAUCCUGGCGAGGGAACUCUGAAUGGAAACCGAAGGGCGAGUGACCCAGUGCGGACACAGGCUCCUGAAACUUGUAGUUUGCCUCCAGUUCAACGAUUCAACAGCCUUAAUAAUCUCAAUCCUCUUCCCCCUCUGGCUCAUAACACUACAGCUGAAUAUCGAAGUUUUAGCCUUCAGAACUACACACGCUCAGAGGGCAACCUGCAGAGAGGCUUGCAGCAUUCAUCAAACACUGGCAGCAUUGCAGAAAAUGCAGCCUUGGAAGCCCUGGCAAUGGAGGAUGAUGGCGUAGCCGGCUUAUUUCUUGGAGAUGAAGAUAUUUUGCCAGAUGAUUUGGUGCAGUAUCUGCAUUCCCAAGAACAACUGGGUGGUGUUUCAUACAUUCAAAAUGAAGGGCAAAUAGAUUCUAGCCAAAGGGACAACACCUACCCCGCUGUGGAAGCAGGGGUAAACUGUACCUUCCCUGAAUCUCACUAUCUCCAGCCACAGCAGAUACUAGAGAGGAAGAGUCCUAGUAAGCUUCCCAUUCAGUGGAAUGAAGUAAGCUCAGGUAGUGUUGAAAGGUCUCCCCAAAGGUUACAAAGCCACCACAUGCAAUGCGAAAGGUGGCCUGAGCCAACAACUGCAUCAACUGGCAGGUUACGAAACACACUGAUUCCCCAGCAGGUGUCUGUGGAUUUCCACGGCAGCUGCCCACAGGCUAACCAGUCGCAAAGUACUAGUUAUGUUAACCAUGGGGUGAAGCUGGAGACACUGCCCAAUUCCUGCAUGGAGAUGAGAGGUACCAGCAUGUCUAACAUCUCACAGGGUAUCAAUGGGGCUCUUCCUCAAGGUCUUAAACAGCAGAUGUCCAAUGGGGCUUUGAAACAGAGUCAUUUCCAACAGAACAACAGUAGAACCAUGUGGCAGAUUGGAAACAAUCUCAUGCUUACCAGGGCCUCCAUGGACAGUGUACCCAACUUGUCCCAGGGAACCGUUCCAGAUCAUAAUCAACCAGUACAUGCUCCAUAUCCACCAAUAAACAAUUACAAAAAUGUAGUCAAAACCCAGCAGUACUUCAAUCCACAGCCGAAUGAAAUCGACCAACACCCCAGCCAACCCCAACAGCUACAGAGGAGUGGAGACCAGUGUUCUCUUGUGUGUGAUGUAUCAGGGCUAAAACUAGAGAACCUAGAUCAUGGAAACAUGGUACAAACCUUUUCAGAUUGUCUUACUUAUGGACCAGCCGACUGCAAGUCCUCUUCCUUCCCUGUGUUGAAAGAGCAGAGUUUGUUAGAGUCCAUGGCAGCAUCUGAGGGACCAGGCAGCUGCAACAGAACCACAAAUGCCCUUCCCUCCCCUGGUACAGAUCUAGUCAGUAGCACAGUUGAUGGCCAAGUUCCAGGAAUAUUAGACGAAGGUGUAAAUCUGGACUUUGCCGCCAUCCUGGAGGACGGCUACGAUCAGGGAAGCCUGGUCUCUGAGGUACUGAGUCCCUCUAUGUUCCAGGGCCUGUCUAGGACCUCAUCACGCCUCACCACACCUCAAGGAUCCACCACCUUCAACAGUGUUGCUCCCGGUCUCAGCAACAUGGCCAUUGGAGACAUGAGUUCCCUCCUCACCACCCUCGCUGAGGAGAGCAAGUUCUUAGCUAUAAUGCAAUAGCUGCUCCUUCUCUCCACUUUCUCCUCCAAAAGGGAUGUAAAAUGAAAACAGAAAGAGGAAAACAAUUGGUGUAUGUGAAGAUUAAGACACACGAAGUGGCAAUUAAAGGAACCUUAUAAGAAGUUACCGUUCCCAAACCAUUUUAUAUUAGGAAAAUAUCAUCCCCAACAGAACAGGGAUGUGCCAUGAAUAUGUACAGAUAAAAUUAUAUUCCUUUUCUGGAAUCAAGGCUAUUUUUGGAAGCCCUUUUCUUUGUAUUUGUUGGUGAGACAAAGCUCAUCUUCCUUGAGUCAGUAUUGUGUCACCGUUUUAGCUGUUUGUAAAAAUGCAUGUAACUCCAGUAAAACCUUGAACACUGUCUGUAGGACUAGAAAGACCAGCCCCACGUGCCAACCUUCCUAACGUCACAGGUACACACAGCGGCUGAGACAUGGGUCGUCAGUUUGAAAGGCCCUGCGGACAACUUUAUACAUCAUAGUUUUAAUUUGUGCUAUAUUCUCAUUUGUUUGUGUUGCUUUUGUCAAUCUGUAAAAUGUUUCAGUGCUUUGACCAAGUUUUACCAAGUGGUAUUUUCGUCAACCCCCUCCCAAUCAAACGAAAAAAAAAAGGACUACAACUCCAAGUCUUCAGCCUCUGUAGAUCGUUGUCUACUUGAUAUCUUAAUGGCUUUAUUUUAGUUAGUCUGGUAAGGUACUCACAAGUGUUUGUAGAGGUGUUUUUGUAUUCUGUUUGUGGUUCGAUUUUUGAUGUUGGAUUUUACAACUCUUCAGAAUUGAUCUGUAAACGGACGCUCUGUUCUAUACAUCUUGGUGCUUUGCGUGUGGUUACCUGGAUCGAUAUGAGUACUUCUAUGGUUUUGAAAUGUCUUAGCUCAUGAAAAGGUCUUCAGCAUAGAGGUCCUGUAAACAUGAUGUGUUUUUGUUUGAUUGUAAAUUGUAUGUAUUGUUUUCUCCAAAGCUCUUAAAAUGUAUAAUGUGUACUAGGGGUGUGAUGGCUCAUGUAUACGCCCUUGAGCCACCAUGGUACAGACGUCACUUGAAGUACACGCAGUCAAAUGUCACAUAGGUCAGUCACAGGUGAUCACCACUCCUAGUCAAAGAAGCUUUUUACUGCUUUUUUGUUAAAUACUAUGAGAAAAGAUGAAUAGAUUGACAGACUUUCUAAAGCACUCCUCACCAAAUCAAUGCAAGAAUGGCUGGCAACAAUUACAAGCAUAACUCUGAAGAUUAGCAGUGUGGAGAGUAAGGGUUUCCAGUGAUAUGGGAACAAUGAAGAAUGAACAUUGGCAAGUUGUUCAUAUCACAGAGGGCUUAUGAUAAGCAGUAUUAUAUGUCUUUUAUACAUUUGACAUCAUGUACAUCCACGGGAGUUGGGAUUGCUCAGGUCUUUUACGAUCUAUUCUAGUUACACACUUCCACCAUCUGGAGAGGCUUUUCUUAGGUUUUAUACUUCAACCACUACAAAACAACACAAGAAUAAUGCUGUAUUAGGGGAACUCUAUGGAUCACUUAUAGGAAAAGCAGCAAGACUCCUUCAGGGGCUGGAGCCUCACAGCCUCAGUGUGCGUCAUUUCUGCCAGCUGUCUUAUUUAGGACCCCAUAAUGGAAACACACAGAGCUGACAGGCGGCCGUGAAAUAAAAUAGCUUCCUUGCACCUAAGUUAUGCUUUGUGUAGUUCAGACACAUUUUUAAUUUUCCCAAAGUUCAUCACAAGCACCACCUCGUGUUCAAACAGCAAAUUGCUAUUAAAUGCUUAUUGAUCCAGAGUUUUCAAAUUAGGAGAAGUUACCUAGUUAUUCUGUCUUGUCAUUUGUUUGGAAUUAAGUUUUCAAAUUAAAUUAAAAAGACUAAAUGGAAGCAUUUUUUGCAUUUAGGAAGUUUUGGACCUUUUUUUAUUUGAUGCUAAGGUAAGUUAUUUUCAAACUAAAAAAUAACUUCAAUAUUUUUGUCCUUGCUUAUCCUCUGCCAGUACAAAAAUCUUACCAGUAAAUACUGAAAGAACAUAUUGCAUUUGCCUCUGUGCUGUCAUGGCGUACCUGUACCAACUUCACGUGUGCUAUCACACCCCUAAUGCUUACUGCCAUCAAGUAUUGCAGAGACUUUGUCCAGCAGUGUUAGUUUUGCCUUGCAGUCUUCUGCCGCUGCGCACUGAUUAUUGAGGAGUUUACCUUUCAUUCAACAUUGGAACAAUGAGGUACAAAAGUGUUUUUUUUAUGUUUUUCUUUUUUUUUAUUUGUCCUUGGGUACUUUUGCCAUUUUUGUAGCUGUGCAUUGGAGUUCUAUUUUUUGUUAUUUCCAAGAAGUAGAGAUCAUUUCCUUUGGUAGAAGGAAAUGGGCUGAGGUAUGUGCCUUAAACGAGAGAGAUCACUGCCAAUCUUCCAUUGUGAAUACUGAGAAAAAGGUGAAACUUUAAAACCUAAAAGGAAAUUAAAGAGAACAUUUAUAUAAGGAAAGUCUGAAUAUCUGAAAAGUAAAGAUUUGCAACAUACAUUGUACUUUUUCUUUUAUUUUCCAAGUUUCCACAUUUAUUGUGCUUUUAUAUAAAUAUAUAUAUAUAUAUAAAUAUAUAUAUAUGUAAAUAAAAUACUCUUUCUGUAGAUUUAGCAAAUGAAACGUGGAGUAUCCUGGGACCAAUAAAGAACUUUGAAAUCAAGGAUUCCCAGGCCCCCCUCAGUUAGAGGAGGGGCAGAUCUGGCUGCAGCGCUCUGCACCUUCGCCAGAAGAACCGCGUCACACUUUUAUAACUGACAACAAAUGUUUGUAUGGUUUUAAUAAAAAAAAAAAAAAAAAUUAAAAUAU